AUGGACAGAGCCCCCUGCCCCCCGGCGGGGACUGAGCGCCCCCGGACAGACGGACGGAUGGACAGAGCCCCCUGCCCCCCGGCGGGGACUGAGCGCCCCUGGACAGACGGACGGACAGAGCCCCCUGCCCCCCGCCGGGGACUGAGCGCCCCCGGACAGACCUCCCCCCGCCUGACAGCUCCCGUAGCUGGUCAGGGACCUGCAGCCCCUAGACAAAGCCCCCCCCCGGAGGACGGACGGACGGACAGACACAGGCUAUCCUCAGCCAAAGAACCCCAGCCCUGAUCGCCCGAAGGUGGGGGCUGCCAGCCCUCGGGCUCCCCCCUUCCGGCUCUCACAGGUGGGUGCUGGCUCUGGGUCUCCGCUCACUUGCUCCCCGGGGGCGGCUGGGACAGGAGGGAGCAGGCCCCCAUGGCUGUCAUGGGAGGGGAGGGGAGAGGCCAGGGCCAGCUCUGGCACCCCAGGAGCCGCUCCUAGCACCCAUUGCCCAGCCAGGAUGAGCGUCCCAGCAUCAGCCCCUCCCCAGGCCAGAAACGCCCCGGGAGAAGCCCUGAUCUUUGAGAACUGACUGCCCAGAGACCCCCGUUCUGUGGGGGGGGCUCCUCCCAGGGGCUGGGCCCUCACUCUCCCCUGCCCCCACAUGCAGCCCCUGCUCCUGCCCCAUCUGCUCAGGGACAGAACUAUGCCCCCAGCCCCAGAUGCGGCCCCCCACCUAGGCUGGGCGGAUGGGGAGUCCAGUGCCAGCCCAGAGCCACCCCCCCUCCCCCGGCCCUUCCCAGGGAGCGGGGCCCCAGCAGGGCAAGGCCAUUGCUCACUGCUGCUGCCCAUUCCCAGCCCUGACUCAUGGUGGGGGGAGGAGGGAGCAGGGGCUGAGCCACGCAAGAUGUUCCAGGCCUGGGUAUGUCAGGGCAGCCUGGGAGCCCCCUUCAGCUCAGCCUCCUGCUCACGGGUGUCUCUCUCCCUAGUGCCUUUUUCUUUGCAGGGGCCACGCAGCCCCUGACAAGCUGUACACAGGGAUCGCCACACCUGCCAGGGAAAUGCACCCACCUCUGGGGUGGCGCGUAGCAGUUGUUUAAUCACUGUGCAGCCAGUGAGGACGGGAAGUGAAAGACACUGUGCCCAGUUGAAGUUGCAGGGUGGGACGGAUUUGAGGUUGGUGGAAUUUAGCCCUAUAAGGAAAUUCAAGGGAAGGAUAGGCAGGUUUCAUAACCAAGCAGAGACCUCUCCAAGACGGCUCCCCUUCGGAAGAUCCCCGCGCAGGGCCCCGCCAGCAGGGCAAGCCUGGCCUGUGCUGCUUGGGGCACAAGGGAAGUGCUGGCCUCCCUGCUCCGCGGGCUGAUUCCACAAGUGGUGACUCAGGGCCCUGCCCCCGGUCCCUGGGCAGCGGCUGUGCCAAGGCCGUUCUGGGCAGCGCAGAGGAGCCCCAGUGCCUUCGGUUUUUUACAGACUUCCACCCCGGUGCCAUGGAUCCCUGCGCUGUUCUUGCCCCCGGAGCUGGGCGGGUGUGACUUGCUGGCAAGGAGGCACAGAGCAACACGGGAGAUGCAGCGGCUGGGGGCUGUGCCCUGUUUCAGUAAAGUGCCUUUCACCCCAGCGACCUCCAGAGCUCUGUGCGAAGGCAGCGGGAGCCAGAGGGUGGAUCAGCCUGGCACGGGGCCCCCCACCCGAAAGCUGGCAGCUCGGGGAACUUGAACAGCUCCAGCACAUCCUGGGAAACCCCCAGCUCUGGCUCCUCUCCUGACCCCUCCUCCAGCCAGGAGGCCCCUGGGAUGGACUGGCUGCAAGGGCUGGAACGGGGCUGCCAGCCGGGCCGGGAGGAAGCUCCACUUUGGAUGGAAUCAUGCUGGGAAAUUCAUCUUUGGAGAUUGCGCUGAGCCCAGCCCCAGGCUGCUCUGCACCCUCCAGGCCCCCUGGGAAGGGCCAGUGGCUGCAGGCUCCCCCCGGCCCUGGACACCGGAGAAGCAGUGGCAGGACCAGAGGGCAGAUGGCGCGUUGGAGCCGAGGGAGGGAGUCGAGCCUGGAGUUUGCUCCGUGGCUCCCGUGCAUGGGGCCUGGUGCUGGGACCUCUGGAGGCUGCCCUGGGCUGGAGGGAGCAGGCGAGGAGCCCAGGAGGGACUGGAGAGCUGCUGUGGGAGAGGACAUGGACUGGGCAGAUGUGUCCCUGCCCUGUACAGCCAGGCUCGCUCCCCGUGUGCAGCGGACGGGCCCAGGGCUGCCUGCUGCCCGCCUGCCUCAUGCUCAGGCUGUACCAUGUUGCUCGCGAAUGGCCAAGCCCCAGCGCACUGGAGAGCCGCGGUCCUCCACCUACCACUGUCUCACUGCCCCGGCUUUCCCCGGGCAUGCCCUGCACGCUGCCCUUGUCUCCCGGCUUUGCCCCCAUCCCUGCCUUGGGGAGAUCCCACCCGUCGUGCCACAGGCACCAGCCAGGCAGUCCUCCCCGGUGCCUGCGGAUCUUUCCCAUCCUCCCUGCCGCCUGCCGCUCUGCGCAUGGCCUCAGGGCCUGCUCUGCACAGCUGGGGCGGGAGCUGGCCCCGCUGCGCUGCGUGGCAGGGAGGGGCUCUGUCCCUGGCGUGUUUCCCAGGCCCCUGCCUGUCUGACUCGUGGGCCCAGCUGCACCCAGAUCUCUGUUGUUUGCUGUGGAUUCACCUCCCUAAAUAAAGGGUUGCUGGUACGAGCCGGGGCUCUCUGUGUUGGGGUUUCGUGUCCAGGGCCGGGCGAGGGAGAGGGGCUGGGAGAGUCACACGGGGGGUGGUCCGGGCAGGGGUUUCCCAGGAGCCUCAGGCUCAUCAUAUUCCAACUGCACAUCAGAGAGGUCUCAGACCUGCCCUGCCCUAGCAAGGGGGCCCUGCUGACCCUGACUGCCACAGCAUGGCCGGGGAUUGGGGGCCUGGCUGGGAGCUGGGCUCGGACCAUUGCUGGGGAUCCCCAAGACCCUCCAGGACCCAGCACAGCUGCUGGAGCCUGAUGGGUGGGGCUAGCAAAGGGGCAGUGCCUCCUGUGCCAGGCUCGGUGCAGCCCCCUGCACCCUGAUUCCUCACAGCUGAGCCCAAGCUGGGCUGCGUGUCCCGGGGGGCUGACCGCCCCACCUCGGCUUCCCCAGCCAACCCCGCCCCCUGGCCCUUGCGGCUGCCC